CUCCGGUAGCCCCAGGGUCCGUAGCGAUUUUGGCUCAAGGAUGCUCUGAUACGAAGUCCAACGAGUGCCGACACAGGAAAGCCUCAGGCACAAGCGCGCUUUGAAGCGGCAGAGAUGGCAGGCGAACAAUCGAUGACAUGUGAAUCGGUUGCCAGCAGACCCUCCUGCCUGGAGCGAGAGUACCCGAUGUUCGUGGUACCCAUGCAGAGGAUGUUUGAGAAGGAUCGCUUCCAGAUCCACGAGGACCUCCGCGACGAGGACAAGCUGGUCGAGCACAAAGAAGAGUCCGCCGACCCUGUGGUCUUCCUCUCGCAGACGUGGUUCUCAGCCUCCCACCCGGACCCGGACGGCGUCAAGCACGACCUGUGGAAGCGGAUGCUGGAGAAGAUGAAACAGUCGAAGCUGAGAGUCAAUGUGCACUGGCUGACGGAACUGUUCUUCGGCACAAGCACGACCGGUCUUGAGGACAAACUGAAGGACGUCGCCGAGAAGGGCUUCUAUUGGAUGGACAUCGAGUGCUGCCCUCAGCGCAACAAGGAUAAAAUGGCCAUGGCAUGCCGCUCCAUCCCCCACUAUGUGCAGAGGAGCUCCUUCUUCAUCGUGCUGGUGCCGCAGUCCCUGCAUGUGGAGAAGGGCGUUGUCGUCGAUUGCCGCACGUGGGAGCGGCGCGGCUGGUGCCGCGGCGAGCGGGCCUUCAAUGCCCUGUCCCAGAACCCGAAGCUCUGCAUCGUCGCAGAGUCGACAUCCUUCGUGUACGUCCAGAUGUCGCGCGAUUGGCUGUGGCGGCAGCCAUGCACCGGCGACCUGACCGCGGAGUCGGAUCGGGACGCGAUCGGGAGUGCGCUCCUCAGCGCGCUGGACAGCUGCGCGGAGCACGCCCGCCAGAAGGGAGACAUGACGAGAUGCCGAAUGACGCUCGCGAUCAAGCCCGAGCAGCUGAGAGGCAGCGAGUCGGGCGUGAUCCUGGAGCCCGACUUCAACGAUUGGAUGCAGCAGAUGGGGUUCACGUCUCACGAUGAUGAGAAGGGCACCGGGUGGACGCCACUGCGGUUCGCCAUGUACGCAGGGUUCCUCAACGUGGCCCGGGAGCUCGUGAAGAGGGGUGCAGACGUGAACGCCCCGCUCUCGGAGGGGAACCCUGGGUGGGGCUGGCACAUGAAGGGCUGCACUAUUCUGCACGGCCUGAGCUUCAUGCGCGACGACCCUGUGGGCAUGGAAUUCCUCAUCGAGCAGAAGGCGGACCCCACCAAGGCGUACCAGGACAACUUGGUUCCACACAUCGUCGCCAUGAACGCUGGCCGCGUCGGCAACGUCGACGUGCUCAUGAAGCACGCCCCGAAGCUUGCACUCCAUUGCGACGAUCUCGGUAAUAAUUGCUGGCACGUUGCGCUGUUCGGAGGUCAGAGCGAGGCAUUCAAGUACUUCACGGAGAAGUACCCAGACUAUGUCGACAAAGAUUCUUUCGCAUUUGGAUCGAACGUUGUUGGGUCAGCUGUUCUGGAUGCUUGUGAUUUAGAGUGCACCAAAGCGGUCCUUGCAAUGAACCAUGAUGCCAAUUUCAAACAUCAGCCUGGCAAGCUGUCCCCCAAGAUAAAGGUCGGCAUGAGGAUCAACCAGGCAUUCAAUUACAUGUCGGGCAGCCCGUCGAUGCUGAACGAGUACAUGGCAAACAUGGACUCAGCCACGCCGAUCAUGCUCGCCAGUUUCUUGGGGAACCUGCCCGUGGUCCAGGAGCUGCUGAAGGCCAGGGCGCACGUCGACGCGACCAACUCCUACAACCGCACGGCGCUCACCGUCGCGGCCAUGCAGGGGCGAGUGGAGAUCGUCAAGGAGCUCCUGGCAGCAGGGACCAACGCCACCAUCGUGGACACCUGGGGCCGCACCGCCGGCGACUGGGCGCGGUUCCGCGGCCACGAGCGCGCCGCGGUGCUCCUGCCCGCCGGCGCCAGCGCCGGCGGGGCGUGCAGCUGCCGGAGUGCGCCGCCGGCCCCGGCGGCGGAGACGGCGUAGCCUCCCGGCGCGGCGCGGUGCGGCGCCUGCGGGCCGCUGGUGUGUCAGGACGCGUGUUCCCGCUGAUGGCCCAGUGUGUGUCGACCCUCUCACUGAUCACAGCGGACAGCUCAGCUGCACACCGCGCGCGGGACGGAGCCAUGGGCACACGGGUCCCUCGAUUGCUUUCUGUUUUAAAUUUUUUAGGCUGAUGCCGCACGGCACACGAUCACUCGGGACUCUGCAAACUGCAUGUUCCCAGCAACACGUGCCGCGCCCCUCGCCGCGGGCGCCCCCAUGGGGCCGCCCGCGGCGGCGGCGCCCACGAGGGCUCCGGCCGCCCAGGUGGCCUCGUCGGCACAUCCUCUGCCUAGCCGCGCGCUAUUUCGGGCCGCCCGAGCCCGAGCCGCGACUCACCGUCUGCCGCACGCCCCCCCUGGCCUCUGGUUCCCGUUUUGCCAGGCCGUUCUGCCAUGCUGCUUCCGAGUGCCCUGUAUUUUUCAACGUCAGGCUCGGAUUUGCCGGCUUUGACGGGGAACUCUGUGCCACCGUUUUGCCUGGGAUGGGCGCCCGACCUUGGUGUGCUCACAGAUGCUAUGAGGUUCGGAGUAUGCAGGGCAGCGAGGAAAACAACAA